AUGGCCCUCGAGCUCAUCGAGGACAUCCACGCCGGCGUCGAAGGCACCUGCCCCCGGACUGUCUCCUGUGCCGAUGUCACCGUCCUGGCCACCCGUGACGCCCUCCUGCAGGCUGGAGGGCCCUACAUCGACUUUCCCUUGGGCCGUCGCGACGGGCUUACCCCGGCGUCGCCGGACCUCGUCUUGGCUCUACCAGCGCCAUCCUUCGACGUGCCCACCCUCAUCAGCUCCUUCGGCAACCGGAGCCUUGGCGUGGCCGACCUGGUGGCGCUCUCCGGCGCGCACGCCUUUGGUGUCGCCCAUUGCCCCUCAUUCUCCGACCGCUUCACGCCGAUCAUCGACGCCAACCCGGCCAUCGGCCCCAAGUUCGCCAAGAUGUUGCAGGCCAAGUGCGCCAAGGACGUCCCGGAGGGCACCGUCACCCAAGCACUCGACGGGCUCACGCCAAAGGUGUUUGACAACUUGUACUACACCGACCUCAUCACCAGGCGUGGGCUGCUCAAGUCCGACCAGGGCCUCAUCGACCACUCAGACACGAAAGGCAUGGCCGCACAGUUCGCACUCAACCAGCUCGUCUUUUUCAAUCAGUUUGCCAACUCCAUGGUGAAGAUGAGCAAUAUGGACGUGCUCACCGGCAGCCAGGGCGAGAUACGGCUGAACUGCGCCGUACCCAACGCACGUGCCGAGGGCAUCCAGACCGCUGGCAACGAGGGCCAUGCUUCCAACAUGUAA